AUGAAGAAGAUCACAAAUAAAUGGGACCAUGAAUCCAAAAAAGUGAAACCAUUAACAAGUUCAAAGAUUUACACGUGCUUCAGAUGCAAAUAUGAAAGUAAUCGUCGAUAUAACGUAUGCCGCCACGAAGAGAGGAUUCAUUUGGAUUAUAGACCGAGAAAAUGUUGCAGCAAAAUGUUUUACACCAAAGAAGAUUAUUAUGUCCAUUGCGAGCAAGCACACUCAGAGACAAGAUCAAACGCGAUCAUUUCACGAACGAAGUACAAAAUUGCCGUAGAAAUGGACCGUACUUCCAAUAAAUGCAAAAAAACACCGAUCCCUUCGAGAAGUGACAAAAACGUAAAAUCACAUAUAAGGGUGAAAUAUUCGUACAUUUAUACAAGCUUCGAGAUAGAAAAUAUUCCUUUAAUAUAUUUCUUGACCGACCGUCGAUUGAAAUCUUAUUUGAAGAGUUUCUCCUCGUUGAAGUUGAUAAACAAAACUGGCGACGAAUUUAAGAAAGAGACGAAACAGUCUGUAAAAAUUGCUUUCUCGACAAAGAAGAGCGUGAAAAAGUCUGUGUCUGAAGACGUCCUAGAAAACGUUCGCACGAACGUUUCCAAUUCCAACGUCUCGCCCUUCUCGAUCGAAUUGCCGACGAAGAAACUUAUUUUAAAGAGAUUCAGGACGAACGUGAUGCGCAAAUUCGAAAUGUCAUUACAGGAAACAAAUAAUAACGUUCAAAGCCAAGUACAUUUGAAAGAAGAGCGACAGACUACGGAAACCGUUUCGUUUCGUCAGUCUCGGUCGAAAAAUUCUAAUCGAUCGACGUGGGAGGACAAGGAAAAUAUAUCGAUGUUCACGGUCCGAAUGGAAGAAGAAGAGUUGUAUGUGAACGUCGACAAGAGAAUUACAGCGCCUGUAGCAACUCAACUGCUGAGAGAUUAUUUGAGCCCUAUUGAUUUUGAGAAAUUCAAAAUAUUUUAG